ACCUCCACCACCUUUUUUAUUCUGACAUCUGUGGACAAAACUUCCUGAGGAUUCCCGCAACAAGAAAAGCACAGAUUCGGUUUCUGCUCACAUGUAGUUUUCUGUUUUCGACUCCUUUUUCUACUUAUCAUCUUUUAAAAAGCUUCCGUACCAGAAUUUUCACUCUACUAGGGUUUAAUAACCUGUUUGCAUUCCGAGAAAAAAAAUUGAAAGAAAAAUGACGAACGAAAUCCGAUUCUUCGAGCUCAACACCGGAGCCAAGAUCCCCUCCGUCGGCCUGGGAACAUGGCAGUCCAAUCCUGGCCUCGUCGGUGAAGCUGUUGCCGCUGCCAUCAAGAUUGGUUAUCGCCACAUUGAUUGUGCUCAAAUAUAUGGCAAUGAGAAGGAGAUUGGUGUUGUGUUGAAGAAGCUUUUGGAUGAGGGUGUAGUGAAACGUGAGGAUUUGUGGAUUACCUCUAAACUAUGGAAUACCGAUCAUGCUCCAGAAGAUGUGCCACUAGCACUGGACAGGACUUUGAAAGAUUUGCAGCUUGAUUAUGUGGAUUUGUACCUUAUUCACUGGCCUGCUCCAAUGAAGAAAGGAUCAGUGGGCUUUAAGCCUGAAAAUCUUGUGCCGCCUGACAUACCUAGCACUUGGAGAGCAAUGGAAGCACUAUAUGACUCUGGCAAGGCUCGAGCUAUAGGUGUAAGCAAUUUCUCCUCCAAGAAGCUUGGGGACUUGCUGGAGGUUGCUCGGGUUCCUCCUGCUGUCAACCAGGUGGAGUGUCAUCCUUCUUGGCAGCAGGACAAACUCCGGGCUUUCUGCAAAUCCAAAGGUGUCCACCUCUCUGGCUAUUCACCUUUGGGCUCCCCGGGAACAACCUGGCUGAAAAGUGAUGUUCUUAAGCAUCCAGUUCUAAAUAUGAUUGCAGAGAAACUAGGCAAGACUCCUGCGCAGGUAGCUCUGAGGUGGGGACUGCAAAUGGGCCAUAGUGUGCUGCCCAAGAGUACACAUGAAGCAAGAAUAAGGGAAAAUUUUGAUGUUUUUGGCUGGUCUAUACCGGAAGACCUAUUUGCUAAAUUUUCUGAGAUUGAACAAGCACGAUUAGUGAGGGGUACCACUUUCAUUCAUGAAACUUACGGUGUCUACAGAUCUCUUGAGCAAUUUUGGGAUGGUGAAAUCU